GGCGCCACCGAUCGAACACCUCCCUGAUUCCAACUAUGGCGACGGCAAACCACCGCCCGACCCCAGCACUCGCCCAUGGGACGGCGUCGCUUCCGCUCUUAGUGCUCACUCUGGUUCUCGUCACUCCCCGCUGUGUCGACGCUCAGGCCUCUCAAACGCCCUUCGGCGACAGCCCCUACAGCGGCUACAACGUCAAGAUCAACCCCACUAUCGCCGCCCUCAUCAUCGCCUUCAUCUGUGGCUUCUUCUUCCUUGGAUUCUUCUCCGUCUACCUGCGGCAGUGCAGCUCCGGCAGUUCCAGCGGGACUCGACCCUCCGGGGUCGUGGAGUCCGGCGCGGUCUCCCGUCGCACCGUGCGGCGGGGAAUCGACCCGGAGGUGCUCGCUUCGUUCCCUACCAUGGCGUAUUCCGAGGCGAAGGAGCACAAAAAAGGGAACGAUACGCUGGAGUGCGCUGUGUGCCUUUCCGAGUUCGCCGACGAAGACACCCUCCGGUUGCUCCCCAGGUGCUCUCACGUGUUCCACGUCGACUGCAUCGAUAUCUGGCUCGACACCCACGUCACCUGCCCUGUUUGCCGUGCCAACCUCGCCGAGCCGGCGGCCGCCGACUCCAUCGCCGCCGCCUGCGAGUCCACGCCUGCGGAGGAGUCCGGAGCGAUGGAGGAAGGAGAUCUGGAAGCGGGGCGGCCGUCGGUGGGGUACCGGAGGUGGCACUCCACGGGGCACGAGGGGGAGGAGGUAGACCGGUACACGCUGCGGCUUCCGGAGGACAUAAGAAGGGAGAUCUUCACGGCAGCAGGGCUCCGGCGGGCGGCGAGUGUGGCGGAGCCACGGGUCCGCGGGGUGGCAAGCGGGAGCAGGGGGUAUCGACGGGGGUGGAGCGGGCGGUGGGGAUUCCUGCUGCGGACGUUCUCGGUGAGGCGGCGAGCGGAUGGGACGGCCGUGGAGGGGUCGAGUAAGAGGGUCUACCCGUCCGUCGAAGCUCCCCUUGACCUUGCUCUUGGAGAAGGAGGGGGGAAGUCCGAACCCAUGAAGGAAGGAACAAAGGAGAAGGAGGCGGUGGUAACCGAGUCGCCGUCGUCGUCGUCGUCAUCUGCUACCUCCUCAGCGAUGGAACGCGUUUAG